AUGGUGUCGGGAAUCGAGAUCGCCGGCCUUAUUAGUGCCAUUAUAACUAUUGUCGACACGGCGGUUGAUUUUUACGACGCAAUCAAAGACCUCAAUGGCUUGCCAGAAGCUUUCAAGCAGGUUCACGCUCGACUACCACUGGUCAGAGAGAUCUUGCUAGACGCAAAAAGUCUUGCGAAGAGCGCGGACGAGAACGAGGCCAGUGCGUUGAAAUCGGUUUUGGAAAACUGCCAAGAGAAAGCUGAAGAGCUCAAGAAGAUAUUCUUGCAUAUAUUGCAAGACAAGUCGGAAGAUGGAGCGUUUGUGGUUUCUGCCUACCGGGCGUUCGUCAAGCGUAACAAAAAGUCUCGGGUCGAGACUCUGAUGCAGAGUAUACUGGAAGACUUCCAGAUUCUCUCCACAUACGCAGUCUUUGAGGCUGCAAAGAAGAAAGAGGAUGACAUUGAGAAAGCCCGACAGGAGAUGACCAAAGUGCCCCCGUCACUUGAUGAUUCCGAUUUUGAAGACAAGUCUGGAUCAACGUGGAACCAGAACGCUGGCAGAGAUAUGAUCAGGCAGACUGUAUCAUGGGGGCUCAAGCUCUUAUGA